AUGCUGGCCAAAGCAUUGGCUCCGAUGACUAGUCUCAACUUACCCCGUCACGGACAGAUCUCCUUUUCCCACUUUUACACGCCCCUUAUUACCCCAACUUUGCUAUCAUCCUUUCAGCUAUGCAAAACUGUAGAUCAGACCCGAAAGCGCGAAAGGUUAGUAGUGCAUAGUCGCGCCGAUACACGAACCAUCCUGACCUACGUCCAUUCGGGGAAACAACGCCCGAUCGCGCCACCAUCCGGCUCUGAGUGGAGACCAGACCUCGCACCCAUUGCCCAUCUCCUUCCUAAAAUCCCAAAGAGAACAGGCGCAACACCGCACCAGUACCAGAACGCGUCAGCUGCUUCGAUCCAUGGCCCUGUUUUUGAUGGGGACACCGUGCCCAAGUUGAAGAGAGAUGUUCAAAAGGAAGAAUGGAAGACGAGAGUGAAGAAUAACCUGACUGGACUGAAGUUCAAAAAGAAGGAGUUUACGCCCAAGUCUAAACAGUCCAAAGAGAACGGAUCGGGUGAGCAUGGGAAGGUGUUUGACGCAUAUUUUCGAAGGAAAGGCAAUGAUAAGACUACGAGGACCAUCGACUAUGCGAACAAGCGGAUUCUCCUUGGAACGAGUAAGAGUAACGCCAACGCUACCACAACCAAAGUUAAGACUCAGCGUCGAAUUCGGUUCGCGGAACCUGAAGUACGUCCUUUCUCCGAUGAGAGCCUCGAUCUUCCACUCUGA